GGUGGCUGCCUUUGUACUACCUAGCUGUCUACUACGACAACUACUAUUAUACUCUUUGUUUUACUUGACCAUAGCCUGAAGUCAACAAGAAGAAAAAGAUGGGCAAAUAAUUUGAGCUUUUCUGUUAUUCACUAAGCAGGUUAAGGAAAACCCAGCGAUAUAAACAAUGGCCGUUUUGAAAGUGACCUUUACCAAGACAAAGAGGGACAAACUAGCUCAGGUGCUUUGGAUCUUAAAUUGGAUCUCCGUGGUGACGGGCGUGAUCCUCUUCAGCCUGGGCCUCUUCCUUAAAGUGGAACUCAACAAGCGGUGGGAGAUGAUGGCCGAUACUGACAUUCAGUACGUUCCCAACAUGCUCAUAUCCGUUGGCCUCAUCGCCUGCGCCAUUAACUUCCUGGGCGGGAAGAUCUGCUACGACUGCGCCGACACGGCCAAGUUCCUCCGCUGGAAGCUAAUUAUGCUGCCCUACAUCGUAUGCACCUUUUUCUUCACUUUCUGUGUGCUGGUUGGGGCCCUCAUGUGCUACACCAUGCACUGGGAGCUGGAUGAAUCCUUGAGAGAAGGCUUAACUAAGGCCAUGAAGUACUACAAGGACACGGACACACCAGGAAGAUGCUUCCUCAAGCGUGCCGUGGACACACUGCAGAUAGAGUUCCAGUGUUGCGGCAACAAGGCUUACACAGACUGGUUCCGAAUUCAGUGGAUCAGCAACCGCUACCUGGAUAUGGCUCACAGGGAGGUGGUUGAUCGCCUCAGGAGCAACGUGGAAGGCAAGUACCUGAUGGAUGCCGUUCCCUUCAGCUGCUGUAAUGUAAACUCACCCCGGCCGUGUAUCCAGCAGCAGGUGAGCAACAACUCAGCUCACUUCAACUACGACCACCGCACAGAGCAGCUCAACCUGUGGACCAAAGGGUGUCACCAGGCUCUCUUGGACUACUACACCGGCAUUGUACAUUCCAUUGGCCUCACCGUGCUCAUCACGUGGCUCUUUGAGCUGUCAGUAUUGACGGGCGUGCGUUACCUCCAGACGUCCUUGGAGAACAUGUUGAGACUUGGAGACCCCGACUGCGAGUCUGAAGGCUGGCUGCUGGAAAACAGUUUCAUAGAAACGGCGCGAAGCAACCUGAACAUCAUCAAGACACUCAGCAAAAACAACCAUGUCGACACCGGCAGCAACGGUGACCCCAACAUCAAUGUACCCUCCACUUCCAAAGCUCACUACGGGCCGGACAAUGUGCCUCCCCAGCCAAAACCUGCGGCCAGCUGAUCACGAACUUUUAUAUAGUUUGGACUAUGGGAAAUAUCAUGUCAGAAAGAUGCUACGCGCCGUUUUCACAUCACGCUUGGGGUAGGCGAAAGGACAGCUCAUCCAUCACGAAUGAAUGAUGUUUCAAAGAACCUGACGUGUUGAGCUCAGUCGGAAGCCUUUCUUAAAGGGUACCACGGAUAGAAAGACAUGUAAUUCUUAAAAGUGUUAGUACGAGUUAUAAUAAUUUGAUACUAAAACCCCUCUUAAUGUUUUUGUUUUAAUAAAAUUGGCAAAAUUUUAAACCAAAAAAUGAACGGGUAGGUUGCCAUUGUUGUUGACGUCGCGGGGCGGCGACAUCACAUGGACAUGCUGCCGGACCUCCACAGUGUCACUCUUUAACUACAUAAACAAGUAGUCGGUUUGGCUCUGCUCUUCCAAUUUGAACCCGAGCGGAAUAUUCAUGAGAAGGACAGCCCUGUGGAUAUUUCCCAAAACGAGCAGCAAAAGCAAAAUGAACAUGAAAGACUGGAUGAGAGGACUCGGGUACAUGUGUUAAGUUUGCGAGUGACAGCUAGCACUCUCCUGCUCUGGUGACGGAGCAGGAGAGUGAUGCCAAAAAUGUUUGCAGAUCUUCACAGUAAACUAUUGUGUGAUCCAACUUAUUCCAAUAUUAUUAUGGAGAUAAUUAGCAUCCAGCUGUUGUAAGCUUUACAUAUGAUUAGGCAGGAUGAUCAUCAACGCGUACAGCGCUUUACGUGACAAAAAUAAGAUAAGCCGUCAUUAGACAUCUAAGUAGACUACAUCAGCGCUAUUGUGUGCUGCGAUGCAAAAAAAAAAAAAAAAAAAUUUAACUGCUGUGCUUCACUGUCGACCCUAAUCCAGUGGUUCUGAACUGGGGUUCGGUGAUGGCUAAGAAACGCAGACCCCUUUUUUGUAUGCGGACUAAAUCUAGACAAAAUGGCGUGUUAGACCUGGUUUUGGACUGGUUUGCCAUCAAUUUACAGCAGGGGUGUCCAAACUUUUUGCAAAGGGGGCCAGAUUUGGUGUGGUAAAAAUGUGGGGGGCCGACCUUGGCUGACGUCCUUUACGUAGAACAGUAUAUUUAAGCAAAUUUUAGCAAGCCAUUCUGUGUGUCACAUUUGCUUAAUUAUUUUUUUUCUCUUUCGACCCUCUGGCUUUUGCGAAAUACUGCUGCUGUGACAUUAAACUAGCUUCAAGUUGCUUCAAUUUCUCGCUGCGUAUCUUCCCUGUAAUCUUGUCGUACAUGUCAGCGUGUCCUGCUUCGUAAUAUCGCCUCACAUUGAAAUCUUUAAAAACAGCGACGUCUCUUUGCAAAUGAGGCAGACACAGUUUUUGCGUAUUUUAGUGAAGAAAUAGUCUAAUUUCCACCUAUCCUUGAAGCGUCGGCCGUCACAGUCAACUUUCUUUUUUUGUUUAUUGUCACCAUUUUAGAAAAUGGAAGUAAUGGGUCACACGGAGUAAUAUUGCUUAGCCCUUAAAUACCUCCAACAUGAAGCAAUUAUCAGAGAAUCCCUAAAUUUGAAAAAUAAGGUCCUAAUGAAUCCUUUUUUCAAAUUUGUAAAAAGAAAAGUCAAAAUGAAUAUGUGUAAUAAGCGCUCUAUAUCUAUAACCCAUGCUAAAUCAUGUGUUUUUUUUUCUCAUGGAACCUGCAGAUGCAUGUGUUGACUUGCAUCCAUCACUUUUUUUUUUCCCCAAAAAGAAAUGUCAAAAUUCUAAAUUAGUCUCAAAAUCAUGAAAAUUUAGUUGUAUCAAAUGUGAUACAUUUGGCAAUAAAGGGUCCUUUUAGUGGGUAAAUGAGGGGCAGCAGUUUGUGUGUAAGCUACUUCAUAUGCUGAUUGCAGUACUGCUGACCAAUUCAGUAAGUCUGUGUUCGGGCCAGACGUUAUUGAUUUUAUGACAGAGGCUGGGGGCCGGAUGAAAUUUGACCUCGGGCCGCAUUUGGCCCCCGGGCCGGACUUUGGACAUGUCGAGAUUUACAGGCUUUAUUCCAUUUCUUUCAACUGCUAGCCCUCUAUCUAAUGGGAGGAGGGAUCGGUUUGCGUAGUGGAAGGUUGACUGGCACUUAGUAUGAGGAAGUAUUACAGACCUACAGACAACGUGAACUGCUUAGAUAAUUAAAAAUAAAAACAAAAACAAACAUUCUACUUCAUUUUACUCCAUUAAAAUAGUAUGUGAUGCAAGGAUGCGAAAAUAUAAUGAGAAUGUAGACAUGAAAACAGACAAAAAAAAAGGAACAGCGUGAAAUGAAACUGUCAGGGAAGUUCGAUUUUGACCCCCAAGACAAGUAGCAAUCAAUAGCUCAAAUAAGAGAAAAUCAAACCCAGCCAAGGAUUGCCUGCUUCGAAGACUUUAUAAACAUGAUAUAUAUCAAGGGUACAAAAAUGAUGUGAUCCAGUGAAGUGCAGUGAUCACUCAGAAGUACAACGAAAAUACACAAGUCAAGGGUUUAUAUGCUUGAUGAAAGGGCGCUGCUUACUAUGAAACAAAACCUACUAUGAAAACAUAAGUGAAACUAAUUACAGCCCUACCUGGGGAUUUUCCACAGAAAACCAUCCAGAGUUGACCUAAGUUGAGACCUUGGAAACUAGCUCUGGCUGGUAGAAGAGGGAGUAAAAUCAGAUAAGGCAGUCCACAGAAACUCUUUUGUAUUAUGUUCAAAAAAAUGUGCAGCGCAAGAACAUAGAUUAACACAGUCUAACAAAUGAAUAUAGUUCCACAGCAGUUAUGUGUUUUAUAAGGAAGGAAAGUGCUAACUGUCACUGGCAAACUUGACACAUGUACGCUACUCCUCUCAUCCCGUCUUCAGUUUUCAUUUUGCUUUUGCUGCUCGUUUUGUGAAAUAUCGA